AUGUGGCAGGUCACUCUGGACGUGAUGCAGGCUCUGAAGGAAGAUCUGCUCUUCCGCUGCAUGUACGUGACAGAUUCAGCCUCUGGCAAAGACGUGGAGCUGGAGUCCAUCGAUGUCGGAGAUGGCCCGGGUGUGCGACAGGGAGUGCAGCGCUUCCGCUUCGAGUCCAGCCCUCCAGCUCAGUCGGCCAUAGAGGCUAGUGGUGGCCCGCUUGAAGUGGCCGGGCUUUACCUUUCCGCCGUGUACAGAGGAGAAGAGUUCUGCAGAGUCGGCUACUAUGUGCGCCAUGACUACGACGACCCAGCGCUCCAGGAGGAUCCACCUGCUACCGUGGACUGGGCUCGUCUUCGUCGUGUGCUGAGCGAGCCUUGUGUGACGAAGUUCCAGAUUGCUUGGGACGCAACUGAGGCAGAUCAUGGGCGAAAACGUGUUCGCGAGGAGGACGCCGGCCUUUGCGCAGGGGGAACAUGGGUGGGCUGA